AUGGAGUCCACGCUGGGCGCGGGCAUCGCGAUAGCCGAGGCGCUGCAGAACCGGCUGCCCUGGCUAGAGAACGUGUGGCUCUGGGUCACCUUUCUGGGAGAUCCCAAGAGCCUCUUUAUGUUCUACUUUCCCGCGGCCUACUACACCUCUCGCCGCGUGGGCAUCGCGGUAUUCUGGAUCAGCUUCGUUACUGAGUGGCUCAACCUUGUCUUCAAGUGGUUUCUGUUUGGAGACAGGCCCUUUUGGUGGGUUCAUGAAUCUGGGUACUACGGCCAGUCUCCAGCCCAGGUUCACCAGUACCCCUCUUCUUGUGAAACAGGUCCAGGUAGCCCUUCUGGCCAUUGCAUGAUCACAGGAGCAGCUCUCUGGCCCAUAAUGACGGCCCUCUCAUCUCAGUUGGCCACUCGAGCCCACAGCCGCUGGGUAAGGGUGAUUCCUAGCCUGACUUAUUGCACCUUCCUAUUGGCAGUCGGCCUAUCUCGGGUCUUCCUCUUAGCACAUUUCCCUCACCAGGUGUUGGGCGGCCUAAUAACUGGUGCUAUCCUGGGCUGGCUGAUGGCCCCCCGGGUGCCCAUGGAGCAGGAACUCAGCUUCUAUGGGUUGACUGCCCUGGCCCUCAUGCUGGGUGCCAGCCUCAUCUAUUGGACCCUCCUUUCACUGGGCUUGGAUCUUUCCUGGUCCAUCAGCUUGGCUUCCAAGUGGUGUGAGCGGCCUGAGUGGGUGCACUUGGACAGUCGGCCCUUUGCCUCACUGAGCCGUGACUCAGGAGCUGCCCUGGGUCUGGGCAUUGCCCUGCAUUCCCCCUGCUAUGCCCAGAUACGGCGAGCAUCCCUGGGAAAUGGUCAGAAGAUAGCAUGCUUUGUGCUGGCUAUGGGGCUGCUGGUCUUCCUGGACUGGCUGGGCCACCCCCCUCAGAUCAGCCUCUUCUACAUCUUCAACUUCCUCAAAUACACCCUCUGGCCAUGCCUGGUCCUGGCCCUUGUGCCCUGGGUGGUGCACACAUUCAGUGCCCAGGAAGCACCGCCCAUCCGCUCUUCCUGAUGUCUUAUGCCUCCUUCUGCCAUUCUCCCUCCUGAAGGGCAACACUCCGUGACCACCACACUCGAGGACGCAGCCCCAUCUCUUCCUGGGCUCCAAGCAGGCCCUAAUCACCCUGAAUUUCAUUUCUGUCCCACACUCUGCCAUUUUAGGGUUUUAUCCCCCUUUAAAGAAGGCCCUUUUGUCUCCCAGGGAUGCCAAGCCUCAUGCCUUUUUUCCCAGGUUCCCACAGUGAAAGCAACUGCAGGACUGAGGGUAGGGAGGUAGGUUUCUGCACACUGUGAGGAGUGGCUCAGGAGGGCUCCAAUAAAGCCCUUGAAACGUCUG